UUGAUACAAUUUGGUAAAACUUUAGGGGAUAUCCAUGGUCAGUACAACGAUCUGCUCCGCCUAUUCGAAUAUGGAGGUUUUCCUCCAGAGGCGAAUUAUCUAUUUCUUGGAGACUAUGUAGACAGAGGAAAACAAAGCUUAGAGACAAUAUGUCUUCUUUUGGCAUAUAAAAAAAUUUCUUUCUGCUCAGAGGAAACCACGAAUGUGCUUCCAUUAACAGGAUUUAUGGAUUCUAUGAUGAAUUUUACCAUUAUCUCCAUACGUUCUUUUCGUUUUCCAGGUAAACGCAGAUUCUCAAUAAAACUAUGGAAGACAUUCACUGAUUGCUUCAACUGUCUACCGAUUGCUGCGCUUAUCGAUGAAAAGAUAUUCUGCUGUCAUGGUGGUCUAUCGCCGGAUCUACAAAACAUGGAACAAAUCCGACGUGUUAUGCGACCAACCGAUGUACCAGAUACAGGUGAUAUGUGCAAUUCUUUAUAAAA